AUGGGAAACAGCGAAGCGCGCGGAGCCGGGCGGCGGCUCCGGAGCCCCCGUUCCUGCAAAGGCCCAUCUUCGGGUCAGGAGCGCGCCCGCUCCGUCCGAGUCCGGGGCGCAGCACAGCCGACUCCGCCUGCCCACGCGGGAGACCAGGCCCGCCCGACCCGCGGAGGCGCGGACGGGAUUCCAGGGCUCGGAUCCCGUCGCGGCCCCCUGUCCCCUCCCCUGCGGCGGAGCACGGGCCCCCUCAGGGCAGUGCGUGGCGGCGAAUCCCGAGGAAGCCAGGAGACGGUACCGAGCGCGGGGCGGGCGCUCCCGGCCGGGGUCGGGGCUCCAUCCCUGAGCGCGCCGCGCCCUCCGCCCGUGGCCGACCCUGGCUCGCCCGCGGCGCGCUCCCCGUCCGGGCAGCGGUUCUGCCCGAAGGACAGGGCGCGGCUGCCCCUGCCCCACCAGUCCGCGGGGCGCCUCCCUGCGCCGCCCGGGGGCCGCGGCAAGACCCCAAGGUCAGCGGGGGCCAAGCGGCACUCCCGCCCGUCGCCCCGAGCCCCGCGGGCCCCGCCGCCCAGCUCGGAGCAGCCGGCCGCGCCCCCGCGCACUCACCUUGCCGAAGACCCCCGGCUCAGGCCGCCGCGGCGCCCACUCCCAACCGCCUGGAAAGGUCACCGAAAGCGCAAGCGCCGCGCGGGGCCCGCCGGGAAGGCGGAAGGAGCGGCGGCGCUCGGCGGCCAGAGCGCCGCCCCGACCGUGUCCGCGCGCUACAGCGCCCCCAGCGGUCGCCCCGGUGCCGCAGGCCGGCGAGCCCCGAGCGGGUGA